AAUUAUUAUAUAUAAUUAAAUGUUUCUUAUCAAUAUAUAUAUAUAUAUGUUGAAAUCACCAGACACCGCAAUUAUAGUGUUCAGUAAGAUUAAAUGAUCCUAUAUAUUAUUAUAUUAUAGUUCCGCGUUUUUUGUUAUCAACUAUUAUGGCCACUGAAAAAGCAAAGUCGAAAAUUGGACGUUGGGUCGAUGAAACUAUGAAAGGAAAAUUUGAUAACUUUGUUGGUUCGCGAAAGAAAUCAAGCUCUAACACUACAACAAAAUUAAACAAUGAUAUACCUAUACUGCCGGAUGCAGAUGAAAAUAUUGACGCGGACUUGUUACAUUCAGUAAAACCCGCCGAGUUACAUUCAAGAGUAACUGAAUCUGCUUAUGAAGACGAAACGACGAGACCUCCGAUUAAUUUAGCCGACAUCGAUCUUGGAUUAUUAUUCAGCAACAUGACACGGAAACAUCAGUUAAAAGACGUGGGCGCGGAUGAACGAGACGUCGGGAGCAUGAUACAGCGGCACCUCAAACUGUUGAACAUUGGCUCCGAGAAUGCGGGUGAAAACGAACAUCGACAUUCGACUUAGUAUACCUACCCUUGUGGCUUUGUGUACACAAUAUGAUAAUAUUUAAGCCAACUAUAUUUAUGUAAUCAUGUCGUUUACGUACACUGAUUUUGUCUAUGUGAUUACCGAUCUACUGAUUAUUAGUUAUAAUAAAUUGUAUAGCCCA